AUGCGCUUCCUUAGCAUUUGUCGGCAGGCACGGUCGCUCAUCUCCCUUCUCCCUACUCUCAUCACCCUUCUCUUUACUCUCAUCACCCUUCUCCCUUCUCCCUACUCUCAUCACCUUUCUCCCUACUCUCAUCUCCCUUCUCCCUACAUUUAUCUCCCUUCUCCCUACUCUCAUCACCCUUCUCCCUACUCACAUCACCCUUCUCCCUACUCUCGUCACCCUUCUCCCUACUCUAAUCACCCUUCUCCCUACUCUCAUCACCCUUCUCCCUACUCUCAUCACCCUUCUCCCUACUGUCAUCUCCCUUCUCCCUUCUCUCAUCACCCUUCUCCAUACUCUCAUCUCCCUUCUCCCUUCUCUCAUCACCCUUCUCCCUACUCUCAUCACUCUUCUCCCUACUCUCAUCACCCUUCUCCCUACUCUCAUCACCCUUCUCCCUACUCUCAUCUCCCUUCUCCCUUCUCUCAUCACCCUUCUCCCUACUCUCAUCGCCCUUCUCCCUACUCUCAUCACCCUUCUCCCUACUCUCAUCACCCUUCUCCCUACUCUCAUCACCCAUGCGCUUCCUUUCCUUAG